UCAAAAUGGCGUCAUCGAAGGAGACUUAUUGUUUAUGUGGUCAACCAUAUAAUAUUGGACAAUUUAUGAUAGAAUGUGACUGUUGUCGCGAGUGGUUUCAUGGAAGCUGCGUUGAUGUGAAGGUGUAUCAUUCGGACGAUAUAGACAAAUACCACUGUCCAAAAUGUGCCCAAACAUAUGGACCUUCUGUUUUGAAAAUUCCAACAAACAACCACCGAGCGGACAGAUACGAGUUGGGGGCAGAGACUCGGCCCUCACAGGCUGGUACUCCUGCGUGGGUGCGGGCACUCGCUGCCCGUCCACUGCGGCCCACCGCUGCAGCAUUACAGAGGAUGAGACCUGAGCUAUUUACAGAGGAAUUUGUUAGAGAUAAUGGUUUUACUCGACCGCUAACGUUCAGUACUAUAGAUGGAUUAGAUAUGAAAAUACCCAAUGCUGCAACUUUUAAUGCUAGAUCUGUUUUGAGAUACUGCGGAGCAUCUUUGGAAGUUGAAGUGAUCGAUGUGCGGAAACAAAACACACUGAGGAUGCCCCUUGGUGACUUUAUAGAAUAUUUUGAGACACCACCAGAGCACAGAGACGAGAAAGUUUUAAAUGUUUUGAGCUUGGAGUUUACUGAAACUGAUAUGUGCAAGUUAGUUGAUCCUCCCGCUACUCUUCGGCGGUUGGACUGGGCCGGCAGCGGUGACUCCUGGUCGGGUGAGGGCAGCGUGUGGGCCGGUGGGGAGCGAGCCCGGCCGGCGGUGCAGCGCUACUGCCUGCUCUCCGCUGGGGGAUCCUACACAGACUUCCACUUGGACUUCGGUGGAACAGCUGUGUGGUACCAUGUGCUGCAUGGACGUAAGAUCUUCUACUUAAUUCCUCCAACAAGCACAAACUUGGCACUUUAUCAGCAAUGGAGUGCAGCUAAUAAUCAAAGCGAAAAGUUUUUCGGAGAUCUGGUUGAAUGGUAUGGUACAGCAGAAAUGAAAGCUGGAGAAACACUGUUCAUCCCUGGUGGAUGGAUUCAUGCAGUGUACACACCCACAGAUUCUCUGGUCUUCGGUGGAAACCUAUUGCACUCUUAUGCUAUUGAAAUGCAGUUACAGGUGUACGAGAUAGAGCGUCGCGUGGAAACGCCUACGAUGUUUCGGUACCCGCUGUUCGAGCCGAUGCACUGGUUCGCCGGCGCGCACCUGCUCGCCGUGCUGCGACGACACAAUGAGGAGACGCAGGACGAAGAUUUCAUAAUCAGUGAGAGUAAUGUCACGCCCACACAAACGGAGCUGCCGCCGCUUCUGCUGCGCGGCAUCAAAAUACUUGCCAACGCAUUGAAGGAAUGGCAUGUACUUAAAAGUACUGAUACAUCUAAACGCGAUAAUGUGCCAAAGUGUAUAAACUCUGGUCAGCUGGUGCGGGAAUUAUACAAAGAACUGAGAAGACUGGAGAAAAGAAGCGCUAGUAGUAAGGAUAAGGACUUUAAAAUAAAGAAUAAUUCACCAAAUAAAGCAGCGGCCAAGAAGCAGGCUACGCCAAAGAAAUCACUAAAGCUUACACUCCCUAAACCAAUUAUGCAUAUGACACCGAACGGAGAAUAUGCAGAAGAAAAAGUUUAUAUGGACAAGUUGUAUAUAGAUAACAAAGAAGUACUAUAUCCAGAAAGAUAUGUGCAGGAGAAAUAUGUGACAGACAUCAAAUAUGUUGCCGCAGACAAAUACAAUACACCAGAAGUUAAGUAUGUUGAAAAGGUGAUUGCAGACCAGAAGUAUAUUUAUCAGACGUACGAAGAGUCGUAUGAUGGUAAUGGAUAUGAUAGAGACAAGAAGACUGUUUUGAAGAUGAAGAUGAAUCACUCACCAUCAUCUUCCCAAGAGCCUCCCCCAUACAGUCUACCCGAGCACUCUAUCUUGAAGUCACACCUCAUACGCGCAGACAGACAGAAGAACGUACAGCAGUGGACGAUCUCAAAGAAGGACAUCGGCGACUACCACGAAGAACAGCAAAUACUAUUCACGAAUGACCACAACCUGCAAGGCAACUUACGGAUAGACCCACAAGAAAUGAGCUAUGGACCAGGCAUGUAUUCGGCGGAGGACAUACAGCAAGACUAUCAAUACUCAGAGGCGGCGAAACCCGGUUCAUAUCAGCAGCAGUACGCGUACCAGCCCGCUGCGGAGUUGGCGUACGCGGAUACGUACCAGCGGUACACGGACGUUGUGCCCACACAUCAAACGGUGACGUACAGCAACACGACAGUCGCGCAGGGGGCGGGGCCCGUGGCGUACGCUACAUCCCAGCUGCCCUCUUACGACGCGGCGUUAUCACACCAUUAUCAAGACACAUAUCAGGCAAGCCCGUCGCAGCCACCAGUAGCGAGCAGCCCGGCAGCGGGCGUGCGGCGGUCGGAGCGCGCGGCGCGGCGGCGCGUGUCCAGCUCGUACGAGUACGAGGACAGCGAGCUGUACGUAGACGAGCCACCGCCACGCCGCCGCCCGCCCCGUCCCCCGCGCCCGCGACACCAGCGUCCGCGAGCUCGGCCUACACCAGCCAACGCGAGUGCGUACCGCGCGCCAGCCCGGCCCGCGCCCGCCAACGGCAUCGAGUCGCUCAUACAGGCCUCCGUGCUGGCCGAGGAAGAGCCGCCGGUUGACGAACCUGAGGACGCAGCGGUUGCGGGCAUGCUGAGUAUAAGCGAACGUUACGAGGCGCCGCCUCAGACGUUCGGCCUCGCUUCCACAACGCCAACGAAAACCACCACAGCGAGGCAAGACAGCACCCCAAGCAGCAGUAAGCGGGCGCGUAAGGCGGUCAGCAGCGCGGACGAGGACUACGCCGAUGAGGAAGACGUGAUCAAGGAGGUGCAUCGAGACGAGGAGUAUGUGUAUCCGUCGUUGGAGAUGAGUUCUGACGAUGAAGACGAGUGGCCGCCUUCGAAGCGGCGGCGAGCGUCGCGCAAUAGGACAGAUAGUCGAAACAAGAGUGAAAAGGACGAGUCAUGGUCGCCGCGCGCGCGAGUAGGGCGCGUGGUGCCGCGAGCGCGCGGGCCCGCACGGGCGGCGGUGCGGCGGGAGUGCGUGCGCGCCGCUCUGCACGCCGCCGCCUCCCAUCGGCACGACGCACCGCAUACCCCGCCCACGCACCCGCAGAGCGCCAAACGCGCGGUAUUGGCAACGAAAAGCAGGAGGCCGCCACCGCCUGUACAAACCGCGUCCAGUAAUAAGAAUUCAAGACUGAAAAAGGGUAUGAAGACGGCGAAGCAGCGUCUGGGUAAAAUUCUUAAAAUACAUAAAAUGAUAUAUUGAAGAGAGUGCGGUAAAUAUAUUUUAUAAAUGUUGAUGAAGAAUGGACCAAUGUAUGUCGUCGAUUUGUUUGCCCGAGGUGUACAUUUAAUUUCAAGCUUAAAUUUAUUGUAAGUGUAUCACAUGAGUUAUAGAGGCGUAACUUCCGACGCCAUUAUGGGCGU